AUGGCUUCAUCUAAGGUUAGAAUGGAAGGGGAUAUUCAAGGUGAUAAAUUAACCCAAUGUUUUGACGAUAUAAUGAAAGCAGCUACAGAGAUGAUGGUUCAACAGCAGUUAAAGACCAUACAAUUGAAUUCGGAGGUUGCCGCAGGAUUCAGGAAAUCCCUUUCAAAGUCUCUAGGAGAUAAGGUACGUCUUUUUCAUUCGAUUUUAGAUGGGGUUGAGAGUACUUUGUCGACGGCAUCGGAGUAUCUUAAUGCGGUUGACGAAGAAGCAAUGAAGGCUAAACAGUGGCAGAAGCAACAAGAAGAGGAGUUACGAAGGAAACAGUUUGAAGAAAUAGAAAAGUCGAGGAAACUGAACGGUGGCAGCGCCGGUAUGCAGGGUAUGGGUAACGAUCAAUAUCCUAAUCAUCAGCAGUCGCCAUUGGACUUAAAAGUACCCAGCCCAAAUCGCUUGCUUUCCGAUCUGGACACUGGUAACAUAGAUGCUCAGGAAUCAAAUAGGGGCGUCUCUGAGAAAGCUUUCAGUGCUGAAUUUGGGGAUCUUAAUGACAUGGAUAUUUCGAUGUUUGGUGGUAUGGAUGGUCAGGGUGAUUUUUCUCUAGAAGAUUUCAAUAUGGGCAAUUCAAAUGUAUCCAGUACUAACAAAAAUGAAAUUGGAAAUCAUGGUAUGAACAAUAUGAGCAUUAACGAUAGAAACAAUGGUAAUAAUGUUCCUAAUAACGGUAGUGCAUAUUUGACUUCUAAGCCUAGUAAUGGACUGAGUAAGAGCCCCAAGCAUUUGCAAUCUGAUAGCAUUUCAAGUAUGAGGAGUAAUUCCAACAAUCCCAGUGGUCAGAGUAGCACAGAACAGGUGUCAAAGCUAGCAACCCAACAAGGAAGCAUGAAUCCUGAUGAUUACCUAACUUUAAACGAUUUCAAUGAUCUAGGUAUCGAUUGGAACACUACUGACGAUAAUAAUGAAUUAGACUUGAACGAUUUCAAUAUAUAG